AUGUCGUCGGACCGUUCCAUUUCAGAGGCGGCACAGAACCAAGUCCGGAGGUUUUGUCGCCAGUACUUGCAGCUUGAACAGCAGCUGACAUAUCCCGACGCGCAGUACUUGAAAGAAGACAGUGUUCAGGAAAUUAUCUAUCAGAGUCUCUGGGGACCAGAAGCACGGCACAAUUGUGGCUCACCUCGGUACCAACUCAAAACUCUUAAAAAACUUGUCGGGAACGUUGAAGCCGGCAUCGAAGACUGGGAUAAAUACGGGGUUCAUGAUGGCCUGAUGGAGCGCAUGUCGGAACUGCUCAGCCAGCCACUGCCCUCUGAAUUGGCAGCCGCCCAGCAAAAAACUUACGUUGUAUACACCAUUUCUGCACUCGAUGAGAGCGGUGGUAGAGAUAUUACUAAGGCGUCCGACGAUUGCCCAAAAAUAACGCUUCUUGAAUCCCGCACGAUCAUUUCCGCGCAAGGGACGACUGGACUGGCGACAUGGGAGGCUGCACUUCACAUGGGUCAAUACCUAUGCAGUCGACCUGAUUAUAUAAAAGGAAAGCACGUCCUGGAGCUUGGGGCAGGGACAGGUUAUUUGUCUAUCCUGUGCGCUCAGUAUUUGGGAGCUGCGGAUGUGCUCGCGACUGACGGAUCCGAUGACGUCAUCAAUAACCUACCCGAGAGCUUCUUUCUGAACGGCCUGCAGGGCUCGACGAAGGCCACGGUAGCGGGCCUUAAAUGGGGCCACGCACUUAUCGGGACGGAAGAGUCGAAGUGGAGAGGAGGACGGCCGGUGGACAUCGUGUUAGGGGCUGAUAUCACCUACGACGGCAGUGUCAUACCUCUCCUCAUAGCAACAUUUACAGACUUGGUUGACCUGUUUCCUCAUGUUGUCAUAUUGGUGGCGGCCACGGAGCGUAACAGAACAACCUUCGAGAAAUUUAUGACCUCGGCAUCGCGGUCUGGCUUCACGGUGGAAGAGAUCACUUUCCCUUUGACACCAAGAGAGAACGAAGAUAAAUACAUAGUUUAG